UACCAUAUUUAAGCUAUGAGUCAGAAAAGACAAUCUUCAACAUUUGACAUAAGUUCACAUAAAGAAAUGCAGUCACAAAUGCUGAUAAAUUCUUGCUUGAUUUUCAAGUGUUACCAGAAGUUGCUUACUGUCAUGAUAGUUUUUUCUUCCUUGUUUAACUGCGUAGUUACUGUAACUACCAACUACCUAUUAUUCCCUAUGUGCCCUAUUCAAAGCAGUGCACUAUAUAGGGAAUAGGAUGCCAUUUGGGAUGCCAGCUGACAGAGAAAACAUUAUUAAAGAGAAACUCAGUUGAUGAGGAGCUCACCGAAGCCUGAACACCGAGGAAGACAAGCAGCAACCAUUUUGAGGGAAUACCAAAACAGCAAUGGAACUUGGGGUGUUUCUCAUCAUCAUUUUCUCAGUAAUAGGCAGCCUCUGCUCUGUAACAAGCACAACCACAGAUCCUAAUAUGACAACCACAACUGAGGCUCCUACUACAGCAACAACUGCAGCUCCUACUACAACAACCACAGAUCCUUCUACAACUACAACUGCAGCUCCUACUACAACAACCACAGAUCCUUCUACAACCACAACUGUAGCUCCUACUCCAACAACCACACUUCCUGCUAUAACAACUACAACCACAGCUCCUACUACAACAACCGCAGCUCCUACUACAACAACUGCAGCUCCUAGUACAACAACCACUGCAACUCCUACUACGACAACCACUGAAGCUCCUACUACGACAACAACUGAAGCUCCUACUACGACAACAACUGAAGCUCCUACUACGACAACAACUGAAGCUCCUACUACGACAACAACUGAAGCUCCUACUACGACAACAACUGCAGCUCCUACUACGACAACAACUGCAGCUCCUAGUACAACAACUGCAGCUCCUAGUACAACAACAACUGCAUCUCCUACUGCGACAACAACUGCAGCUCCUAGUACAACAACUGCAGCUCCUACUCCUAGUACAACAACAACUGCAGCUCCUACUACGACAACAACUGCAGCUCCUACUACGACAACAACUGCAGCUCCUAGUACAACAACCAGUGCAGCUCCUAGUACAACAACAACUGCAGCUCCUAGUACGACAACAUUUGCAGCUCCUAGUACAACAACCACUGCAGCUCCUAGUACAACAACAAUUGCUGCUUCUACUACGACAACCACUGCAGCUCCUACUACGACAACAACUGCAGAUCCUACUACGACAACAACUGCAGAUCCUAGUACAACAACAACUGCAGCUCCUAGUACAACAACCACCACAGCUCCUAGUACAACAACUGCAACUCCUAGUACAACAACUGCAGAUCCUACUACGACAACAACUGCAGCUCCUAGUUCAACAACCACAGCUCCUAGUACAACAACCACCACAGCUCUUAGUACAACAACCACUGCAGCUCCUAGUACAACAACAACUGCAACUCCUACUACGACAACAAUUGCAGAUACUAGUGCAACAACAACUGCAGCUCUUGGUACAACAACCACUGCAGCUCCUAGUACAACAACCACUGCUGCUCCUACUACGACAACCACUGCAGCUCCUACUACGACAACAACUUACAACUACAAUUGCAGCUCCUACUACAACAACCACAGUUCCUUCUACAACUACAACAACAGAUCCUGCUACAAUAACCACAACUGCAGCUCCUACUCCAACAACCACACUUACUGCUAUGACAACCACAACCUCAGCUCCUACUACAACAACUGCAGCUCCUAG